AUGGGUCCAGAGCUUGUUGGCGCGAAGGUCGGCAGAGUAAAGAUACUCCUCCUCGGGGUCAAAGACCAUGCCAUGGAUGCCAGUGUUAGGCUGGUAGGGGUAGUUUUGAACGUUCUCCUUGAGAGCCUUUGUGGUGUUGUCGGUGGUGAAGACAGCGCCGUGGCCGGCGUGGUCGUAGAAUGGAUUGCAGUAGACUGA